AUGGGUAGAUAUAGUGGUCAUGGUGGUACACACACAAAAAAAAAACAAUACAAAAGAGCUAGAAGUACAAAAAAUAGAGCAAAAGACAUUGAUCAAAUUUUUGAUGAAAUCCAACCAGAAACUAUAGAUAAAUUUUCAAAAUUUGAAGUAGAUCCAGAUUUACCUGGUAUGGGUCAAAAUUAUUGUAUACAUUGUUCUAAACAUUUUGUUACAAAUGAAGAUUUACAAAGUCAUAUUAAAGGAAAACCACAUAAAAUUAGAGUAAAAGAAUUAAAAACUAAACCAUAUUCACUUGCAGAGAGUCAAAUACCAGUUGAUAAUGGUGUAAAAUUAAAUAGAGAUGCAAAUGGUGUUCCAACUACAACUGAUGUUACUGGUACAAUUAAAAAAUCAACAACUACAACAACAACCACCACUACCGUUUAA